GGUGAACACUUGGUAUCAGACAGUUAUAAAUAGGAAGGGAAGCUCCAGAUAAUUCCAGAUUUCCUCAAUUUUGUAGAGAAAGAGAAAAUGUCAUACUUGCUGCCGCACUUGCACUCAGGCUGGGCCGUCGAUCAGGCCAUUCUCGCCGAGGAAGCGCGUGUUGUCAUCAUCCGUUUCGGCCAUGAUUGGGAUGACACCUGUAUGCAGAUGGAUGAAGUGCUGGCUGCUGUGGCGGAGAAAAUAAAGAACUAUGCAGUGAUUUAUGUAGUGGACAUAACAGAGGUGCCUGAUUUCACCACAAUGUAUGAGCUCUAUGAUCCAUGCACUGUCAUGUUCUUUUUUAGGAACAAGCACAUAAUGAUAGACCUUGGUACUGGUAACAACAAUAAAAUCAACUGGGCUCUUAAGAACAAGCAGGAGUUCAUUGACAUUGUCGAGACAGUCUAUCGUGGGGCAAGGAAGGGUCGAGGAUUGGUGAUCUCACCCAAAGACUACUCAACCAAGUACCGCUACUAAUUUGGUUAGGUUAGGUGCGCAUUGGUUCUUCUGUAGCUUGUAGUGAUCAAAAUUGGGCUUUGUUUCUGUAGUUUAGGUUCAGAGGCUGGGGGUUUUGUAACCUCACAAACUGUUACGAUUGUGGUGCUCUAGUCUCCAUUCUAUAUUUUUUAAUUAUUGUAAUUGCUAAUCAAUAAGUCAAGUUUAUCGCAUAGUAUACUUGAUUUAGUUGGCAAAAUUUGUGUACUAUUUAUGGAAAUUAAUAUUUCUCUCCUCUCGUUAUGACAUGUCGUAUGGCUGGCCAUACUCUUGAGGAGUUUUUUCCUUGUAAACAAAUAAGCAAAUUUCUGAUUCAAAGUAUAAGGUUGAUUUAUUUGGUAGAAAA